AUGGUGGAAAAGUUAAAAAAUGAGAAAUACAGUAAUUUGAUGAUGGAAUUGGCUGUUGAAAUUGAACCCAGUGAAUUUCAUAUACUGCUCAUGGGUGUGUACACCCGAAAGCUGAUAAAGCGAAGGGAAAUGGAGAAAGUGUCUAAUUUUUCCCAGCUAAUAUCCUUCCUAACAGGCCCAGUCCUCUCACCAAAGAAUGUUAAGCUCCUAUCAGAUCUCUUAUACCGAAUUGAACGUAAAGAUUUAAAAGCACGCAUUGAUGAAUUUGCACGGGAAUUGGAGUUUUUGGAGACUCAGUGUUUACAUCCUUCACAAAAUAUACAUCUAGAGAAUGAUCUUCCUGCCAUCCAGCAAGAAAUAGAUAGUGACAAUAAAUAUGAUUAUGAAAAUGAAUUGGACGAUGAUGAGAUGAUUGAUUCACAAAACAGCUGUGUGAGCAUGAGAAGUCUUACUGAUGAAGAAAAGAGAGAUCGAGAGUUGGCUUGUGACUUUUAG